AACUAAAAAAGAAAGACACCUUUCUUUUCAUAGCUUUUUCAACCACGUACAUCUGGCAACAUGGACUCUGCAUUGCUAGCACAAAUUCAAAAUGGAAAGAAAUUGAAAAAAGCUGUGACAAACGAUAGAUCCGCUCCUUUGGUGGGCAAUGUCAAACCGUCUGGCCCUCCAACCAGUAUGCCAAGACCACCCAUCCCUGGCGCGGCUUCUUCCUCAAUUGGAAUGUCUGCUGCUGCUACUGCUGCUGCACCUGCUGCACCUCCAAGCGGACCCCAAUUAGGUGGAUUAUUUGCCAACGGAAUGCCCACACUUCGGAAAACUCGAGGAGCGCAUGUGGACACAGGAAGAGGCUCAGCAGGACCUCCACCACCACCUAGCGCUCCAAUUCCACCACCUCCACAAGCGCCACCCUUAUCCGCGCGAUUUAAUACUAAGGCUCCGGAUACAAGUCAUAGCACAAGCACAUUACCGAGAAAUUUCAAAGUACCACCUAUCCCAGGAAAGGCACCUCCUCCACCACCUCCUCCACCUCCUAUGCCGUCUAAUCUUUCUAGCUCAGCAAACGCAGCAGCUCCACCAGCCCCACCUCCACCCCCACCAGCCCCGCCAGUAUCAGGCAUUAACGUAGCACCUGGCGUGUCGCCAAAAACACAAGUAGCAUUGGGAACAACCAUGUCUGGACGCUCAAGAUCAAACAGCUCACCUCAAAGACCCGUUCCACCACCUCCACCCAGAGCUGUUCCUUCGCCACCCGGUAGUCCGCGCCUGGGUGCUGGAGCAAGUGGUGUCUCAGCUGCUGCAGCUAAAUUCGGAAGCGGGGGAGCAGUAGCAGCAACAGCGAAUAGGUUAGGCGUGCCACCACCUGUACCAUCUACAACACAAAAUAACUUGACAACUCCAUCCGCUAUACCAAAAAUGCCAUCAUCUAUACCGCCUUCAACAGCAAACGGAGGAUCAUCAUCUCCACCUCCACCUCCACCUCCACCUCCUCCACCACCUCCACCACCAGCUCCUAUGAUGGGGCAAUCAUCAGCAUUUUCAGCUAUACGACAACAGGAAGACCAGCAGCAACAAUUACCUUUAGCAACACCACCACGAUCUCCUUUGCCUCCACCUCCACCUUCGAUAAAUAGAAACGUUUCGUCACGUUCCAAUAUUCCUCCCCCUCCACCACCACCACCCUUUAAUGCUAUGAAUGGAAGUUACCAACAGCAACAAGUUCCUUUAACAGAAGGUAACGGGAAAUACAAUUUCAGACCACUGACUGAGCUACCCAAACCAAGAACAUUCUAUAAGAAGCAACAUCAAUAUCCCAGUGGAUCAAGUAAAGGAAAUUGUUAUCCAUUGGAUUAUUCAAAACUUAGAGCAUAAAAUAAAAAUCAAUUAUCCAAUGGGCAUAUUGUCUUAAGUAGUCAGACAUACUUACUCGAAUAGCCGAUGAGUAUUUGCUUGUAUGCGUGCAAAGAAGUAUGUUUAUAAUAGGUGCUGAUAGUUUUUUCAGAAUACAGAAGUUUCGAUAAGUUGUUAUGAGAUAGGAGACCUAGAUUAGCGAUUAGAUAUCUCAAUGUUCAUGACUCUACUCCUCCUUUUUCACU